UUGACUGUUAUUAAUUGAACUGAAAAAUGACUUUCUUAGAGGACCAGGAUUUCAGUGAAAUAGAAUUGAUACCUGAUUAUUACAAAGGGAAAACUAUUUUCAUCACCGGCGGAUCAGGGUUCCUGGGCAAGGCGCUGACGGAGAAGCUGCUACACUCGUGCCCGGGGCUGGACCGCGUGUACCUGCUGCUGCGGACCAAGAGGGGACUCGCCCCACAUGAGCGGUUGGCAGCGCUUUACAGCCAGCCGUGUUUCGACCGUCUCCGCAACGAGAGACCAGGCCUGUUUGAGAGUAAGGUGUUCUUCAUUGCCGGAGACGUGGGAGAGAAAGGCCUAGGUAUAUCCGAGGAGGAUAGAACGUUAUUAAUUAAUCGAACGAACAUAAUAUUUCAUUCAGCUGCAAGUGUAAGAUUUGACGACACUUUGCAAGCGGCGUUCAAUUUGAACGUAAGAGGAACUAUCGAGAUGAUCAACUUAGCGAAGGAGAUGACACAGUUGGAGUCUUUCGUGCACGUAUCAACCUCAUACUCCAACACGUCACGUGACGUCAUCCACGAGCGCAUGUACCCGGCGCUGGCGGACUGGCGCGAGCUGCUGGACAUUUGCGACAGCACCGACCCCCACGUUCUACAAGUACUCACGCCCAAGAUCCUCGGGCAGAUGCCGAAUACCUAUGUGUUCACCAAGCAAUUAGCUGAGCACGUGGUUUAUGAGCAAAAAGGACAAAUACCAAUUGUCAUAGCCAGACCUUCCAUAGUCGUAGCGAGCUUGUCGGAGCCUAUUCCCGGUUGGGUGGACAACUUUAACGGACCUACUGGCAUUCUAGUGGCGGGUGCAAAAGGUGUCCUCAGAACUAUUUACACGGACCCUGAAAUCAUCUCCGACUACAUACCAGUCGAUGUGGUCAUCAAAGGUCUCGUGACAAUCGCUUGGGCAAGAGGGACAAAAAAAUUAGAGUCAUCAGACGACAUACCGAUCUACAACACGUGCACGGGCGGUCUUACGCCCAUAACGGUGCAGGAGAUAGUCAGCACGGGCAUGGAGACCAUGAAGCAGGUGCCGCUCAUGGACAUGUUCCGCCCGCCCCGCGUCGACAUCGAGCGCUCCAAGUUCGUUUACAACAUCAAGGUUCUGCUCUAUCACUUCGUGCCUGCCAUAUUGGUUGAUAUUUUACUUCGGAUUCUCGGAAAGAAGCCUAUGCUACUAAAAAUCCAACGCCGCAUCUACACCGCCAACAUAGCGUUAGAGUACUACCUCACUCGGCAAUGGACCUUCGACAACACCAACUUCGUGGAUCUGCGGUCGAAGAUCAAGCCGGAUGACAAGGAGCUGUUCUUCUAUUCCUUCGAGGAUAUCGACGCCGUGGCGUUCUACAAGGCCUGCAUCACCACGUCGAGGAAGUUCCUACUGAACGAGACUGAGGAGGAUUUGCCGAAGGCUAAAAAGAUUUAUAGGAGAGCGGAGAUGGUGGAUAGAGCGCUGCAAGUUCUAUUCUACGGAUGCCUGUUGUACUGGUUCCUGAACUUGGAUUCAGUCAAAAAAUUUAUCAUGGACUACAUAUAGAAAGAGAUUUCGCAUCAAAACCUUAUCAAAUCGAAUAAGUUCCUGAAGAUUUUGUAAUUUUUUCAAAGUUUUUGUUGUAAAAAUCAGAAAGCGUAUCAGUUUUAAUUUAUGGUUAGAAUAAUUAUUAUAAGCAUACAUUAGACUUAUCUAAAUAAACCUUUUGGGUCAGUUUUAUAAA